AUGCGCUUCAGUCUCGCAACUAUCGCUACAGCAGCGCUCGUCUUCUCGGCUUCCGCUGCUCCUCACGGAGGUAUCGGCAAGCGUGGAGAUAACACCGACAUCGAAGAACGAGGCGGCAAGGGUGCCGUCCGCGGUCGUUAUGCUGAUGGCACUUUCCUAUCUGGCGCUUUGGGCUCUCGAGGCGCUACCGAUCCUGUCAAGGGCUUGCUCCCAUUGUCGUCUCCCGCUGCCUUUUUGAAGGUCAGGAAAGAUGACUCCGACUCUUCGAGCGACUCUAGCGAUUCCUCCGACUCAGACGAUGAGGAGAGCAACUCUGAUAAGGAAGCUGAGGAAGAAGGUGACAGCUCCUCAGACGAUUCCAGCUCUGGCGACAAAGAGACCUCUUCGGGAUCUGGAGACGAGGAGAGCUCAUCUGGUUCUGGCGACGAAGAAUCCUCUUCUGAUUCUGGCAGCUCAGAUGAUCAGGACUCGUCUUCAGACUCGGAUUCAAGCUCUGGCUCAAGCCCAAGUGGAAGCUCCAACUCAACCGGCUCCAGCACGCCCAGCAGUGGCUCCGUAGCAUCCGGCACCUUCCCAACCGCAGCUGGCGAAUCUACCCUCUCCGCGCCCAUGGAAGUGACCGACUUCGACGGCGGCAUGGUGAAGUUUGGCCGCGGCGUUUCUUGCACCUCUGGUGAAGGUGGCGGCAAGGACGCUGUCUUCAAUGUCGCAGAUGGUGGCUCCCUCUCCAAUGUCAUCAUUGGGGCCGACCAGAUCGAGGGCGUUCACUGUGCCGGAGCGUGCACAAUCACCAAUGUCUGGUGGGAGGCUGUCUGCGAAGAUGCACUCACCUUCAAGGGCAACGGCGAUGGCACAGUAUCUGGUGGUGGUGCGAAGGGCGCCAAAGACAAGGUCGUCCAGCACAACGGCAUUGGCUCCAUCUCCAUCUCUGGCUUCUACGUAGAGGACUUCGGCAAGCUUUACCGCUCAUGCGGUAACUGCAAGGAGCAAGGUGAGCGCCACGUCAAGAUCGACGGCGUCAAAGCAUCUGGCGGCUCUGCAACGUUGGUCGGUAUCAACUCGAACUUUGGCGACACAGCCACCAUCACAAACUCGUGCGUCACUGGUACCAAGGUCAUCUGCCAGGAGUUCGAAGGUACAUCGCCUGGCAACGAGCCGCAGAAGAUCAGCGACGGACCGAGCGCGUCUUGCAUCUACACGGAGGCCGAUGUCAACGCCUGCUAA